CAUAAACAAUAUUACCUGUUUAUGAUCUGUACCUGACUUAACGUUGUCAGAUUCUUGUUGUAUUUUUUUCUGAACUGUUGAAGAAAAUGUUUCUCAUGUUUGUUUUUCUCUCUUUCUGCUUCACUUCUCUGGUUGGUGUGUUUGGUGAUGAAGUGAAGUCAGUGAUGGAGGGAGAUAAUCUUACUCUAAACACUCAUCUUACUGAAAUACUGAGUCUUGAUGUGAUAGUGUGGAGAUUUGGACCUCUAAAGUCUACCAUAGCUAAAAUAAAUAGAGGUAUUAACAUAGUCUCAGUAUUUGAUGAUGUUCUUGAUGGGAGAUUCAGAGACAGACUGCAGUUAAAUGAUCAGACUGGAGAUCUCACCAUCACAAACAUCACAACUCAACACACUGGAGAUUAUAAUGUAAUCAUCACCAGCGAGCAGACGUCCUCACACAGAUUCAGUGUUACUGUCUAUGCUCGUCUGCCCAUUCCUGUCAUCAGCAGAGACUGUACACAAAACUCCAUAUCAUUAUCAGUCUCAAACUGUUCCUUGUUAUGUUCAGUUUUAAAUAUAAGAUAUGUGAGUCUUUCCUGGUACAAAGGAAACAGUUUAUUGUCCAGCAUCAGUGUGUCUGAUCUCAACAUCAGACUCUCUCUACCUCUGGAGGUUGAAUAUCAGGAUACAAACACAUACAGCUGUGUACUCAAAAAUCCAUUCAGAAACCAAACUCAACAUCUCAACAUCACUCAUCUCUGUCAGACGUGUUCAGGUACAGUUUUAUUUAGUGAAUUAUUAAUUUGUUUCCACUUACACUACUGUUUAAAAGUUUUGAAACACCUGACUGAAACGUCUCUUUCAAAUGUUUAUGUGUAUGUUUAA